CCGCCGGGGCUGCUGGGCUCCUGCGCGCUCACGCUCCCCGCCGCCCGCCGAGGCGCAGGCAGGGCGCAGGCGGCGGCGGCGGGCGGCAUGGAGAGCCUGCUGGAGAACCCGGUGCGCGCCGUGCUCUACCUCAAGGAGCUCACGGCCAUCGUGCAGAACCAGCAAAGCCUCAUCCACACCCAGCGCCAGCGCAUCGAUGAGCUGGAGCGGCGUCUAGACGAGCUGAGCGCCGAGAACCGCAGCCUGUGGGAACACCAGCAGCUGCUGCAAGCCCAGCCUCCUCCGGGGCUCGUCCCCCCGGCGUCUGCCCCACUGCCUGCUCCUGCAGCCACCGCUCCGGCCGCCACUGCGGCCCAGGAGCCGCUUCAGGACCACGGACAGCUCGUGCCGGCCUCGCCAGAGCCACCACUUCAGCACCACGGACAGCUCCUGGCGCAGCCCCAGCCUGGCCCCAGCAGCAAGGUUCAGGCUCCCCAGUCGCCCCAUCAGCACUCAGUGGUACCUGGGGCUGUAGCCGAGAAGGAGAAGGAGCGUCCCUCGAGUUGUUGUGCUGCCACCGGAGCCCUCCUUCAGCACACAUCCCCCGCCGCCCUCGGCAAGGGCGUCCUGAGCAGGAGACCCGAGAAUGAGACUGUGCUCCACCAAUUCUGCUGCCCCGCCGCUGACACCGAGCAGAAGCCUGCCUGCUCCGACCUGGCUUCCCAAAGUGAUGGCUCCUGUGCCCAGGCCGGUGGGGGCAUGGAGGACUCCGUGGUGGCAGCGGUGGCAGCCGGCAGACCCAGUGCCCAUGCCCCGAAGGCUCAAGCCCCGGAGCUACAGCAGGAGGAGGAGCGGCCGGGGGCGGGGGGCUCCCCACGGGCUGGCCCCCUCCGCGCAGCCUCCCCCGGCCAGCAGCAGCCUGCCCUGGCGACGGCUCUCUGCUCCCACACCCCUGCUGCCUCCGAGUACGAGCUCUCCCUUGACCUAAAGAAUAAACAGAUUGAAAUGCUAGAACACAAGUACGGGGGCCAUCUGGUAUCCCGACGCGCCGCGUGCACCAUCCAAACCGCCUUCCGCCAGUACCAGCUCAGCAAGAACUUCGAGAAGAUCCGGAACUCGCUCCUGGAGAGCCGCCUGCCUCGGCGCAUCUCGCUGCGCAAGGUCCGGGCGCCCACGGCCGAGAGUCUGGUGGCAGAGAAGGCGCUCCUGGAGGGCUGCGGGCUGCUGGGGCUCCCGCUGGGGCGCUCGCCUUCCCUGCCGCCCACCCUGGCGGGCUCGCUCACCGAACUGGAGGACUCCUUCACCGAGCAGGUGCAGUCUCUGGCCAAGUCCAUCGACGACGCCCUCAGCACCUGGAGCCUCAAGACGAUGUGCUCGCUGCAGGAGAGUGGCGCCUACCAGCUUCACCAGGCGCUGCACCCGAAGCCCGGCCCCGGGGAGACCGAAGCGCAGGACGCCCCGGUGUCCGGAGAGGAGCCCGGCGGCCUGCCGCAGGGUCACGGCGGUACCCUCAUGAUGGCUUUUCGGGACGUCACGGUGCAGAUCGCCAGCCAGAACAUCUCCGUCUCCUCCUCCACCGCCCUGUCGGUGGCCAACUGUCUGGGCACGCAGACCGCCCAGGCCACAGGCGAGCCGGCGGCUGUCCAGACCGAGCCGGGGGACGGCGCGGCGCCGGAGGUCUCGGAAGCCCCGGCCUCGGGACAGAGGGAGCCUCCGGGUGAGGACUCAGAGGCGGCGGCGGAGAGCCGCUCCCAGAGCGCGCGCGAACCCGCGGCGGCCGAGGUGGUGGUGGAGGAGGAGGCGGCGGUGGCCGCGGAGGCCGAGGAGGAAGAGGAAGGGGCCGGGCCGGCGGGGAAAGGGGCGGAGGCCGAGCCCGCGGACAGCUCCGAGCAGUGGAGCAGCGGCAGCGCUUCCACCAAGUCGGCCAAGUCUGCCUCGGAGGUUUCCGCCAACGCCUCCAAGGAGGCCCUGCAGGCGGUGAUCCUGAGCCUGCCGCGCUACCACUGCGAGAACCCGGCCAGCUGCAGGUCCCCCACGCUCUCCACCGACACCCUGCGCAAGCGCCUGUACCGCAUCGGCCUCAACCUCUUCAACCUAAACCCGGACAAAGGCAUCCAGUUCCUGAUCUCCCGUGGCUUCAUCCCCGACACCCCCAUUGGUGUGGCCCACUUCCUCCUCCAGCGGAAAGGCCUCAGCCGCCAGAUGAUAGGAGAGUUCCUGGGCAACAGCAAGAAGCCCUUCAACCGCGACGUGCUGGACUGUGUGGUAGAUGAAAUGGACUUUUCCAACAUGGAGCUGGACGAAGCCCUGAGGAAGUUUCAAGCCCACAUCCGAGUGCAGGGGGAAGCCCAGAAGGUGGAGCGCCUCAUAGAAGCUUUCAGCCAGCGCUACUGCAUGUGCAACCCCGAGGUGGUACAGCAGUUUCACAACCCAGACACCAUCUUCAUCCUGGCCUUUGCCAUCAUCCUUCUCAACACCGACAUGUACAGCCCCAACAUCAAACCCGACCGGAAGAUGAUGCUGGAAGACUUCAUCCGAAACCUCCGAGGUGUGGAUGAUGGCGCCGACAUCCCCAGAGAGCUGGUGGUUGGCAUCUAUGAAAGGAUCCAGCAGAAGGAGCUCAAAUCCAAUGAGGACCAUGUCACAUACGUCACCAAGGUGGAGAAGUCCAUCGUGGGCAUGAAGACGGUGCUGUCCAUGCCUCACCGCCGCCUGGUCUGCUGUAGCCGGCUCUUUGAGGUGACGGAUGUGAACAAGCUGCAGAAGCAAGCCGCGCACCAGAGAGAAGUGUUCCUCUUCAACGAUCUGCUGGUGAUUCUCAAGCUGUGCCCAAAGAAGAAGAGCUCCUUCACGUACACCUUCUGCAAGGCAGUGGGCCUGUUAGGCAUGCGAUUUCACCUCUUUGAGAAUGAGUACUACUCCCAUGGCAUCACUCUGGCAACUCCGCUCUCGGGCUCCGAGAAGAAGCAGGUGCUGCACUUCUGCGCCCUGGGCUCCGACGAGAUGCAGAAGUUCGUGGAGGACCUGAAGGAGUCCAUCGCCGAGGUGACGGAGCUGGAGCAGAUUAGGAUAGAGUGUAAGGACCGGCCCCGGCUGCCACGGCGGAGAGGGGAACUGGAGAAGCAGCAGGGGACAAAGACACUCUCUGUAAGGUCCGCUGGAGCCCAGGGGGACCCACAGUCGAAGCAAGGAUCACCCACAGCCAAAAGGGAAGCGAUGGCAGGAGAGAAAGCGGCGGAGAGCUCGGGGGAGGUGUCAAUUCACAACAGGCUUCAAACGUCCCAGCACAGCCCCAGGUUGGGGGUCGAGAGGGGAGCGCCAGCACCAUCACCACCAACAUCACCACCACCGUUGCCGCCAGACCCACAGCCUAGCCCCCUGAGGGAGCAGCCCCCACCGCUGCCACUGCCGCCACCCACACCCCCAGGCACCCUGGUGCAGUGCCAGCAAAUUGUCAAGGUCAUUGUCCUGGACAAACCAUGCUUGGCCCGCAUGGAGCCCCUGCUGAGCCAGGCUCUGUCCUGCUAUGCCUCAUCCUCCUCAGACUCCUGUGGCUCCACACCCUUGCGGGGUCCAGGAUCCCCAGUUAAGGUCAUCCACCAGCCUCCACUGCCCCCACCGCCACCCCCAUACAACCACCCUCAUCAGUUCUGCCCGCCAGGCUCUCUGCUGCUCCGUCGCCGCUAUUCCAGUGGCUCAAGGAGCCUGGUGUAGGCUCUGCCCUUAGCAACCAGCUGUUCCAAUGGGCUGUCCUUCAGGAAUCUGGGCUGCCCCUUGCCACUCCUCACGUCUUAGCAUAAUGCCUUCCUGGCCACUGAUCACUGUUGUGGAAAGGGAGUGCCCCUGGCAAGAUGGUUUGCUUCACUAAAUUGCUUUAGUACUUUGCCACAAACAUGUAACACCACCUCACUCUUCCUAGGGGUCCCACAUAGCCAGAUGGGCCAUGCCUUUACCUCUGUGUUCACCAUGCUCCCCUAACAAGACUGUAGAAGGAAACUAUAUGAAGGAAACUGAAGCCAAAGGGCCUGUGGGCUGAUGGGCUUGCAGUCUUGGUCUAUUAGUCCAUGCCUUCGGCCAAUAGACAAGAGCAAAAGGCUGAACUUGCCAGCAACACACCCCAGGACAGGGCAGGCUAUCCUAGCAUAAUGUGCCAUCUAUGGCCAAGCUGAAGAAAGGAAAGCUAGCCCUGGUUCCCUGGAGGGACCUGAGAUUAACAGGGAGGGUGCUUGGUCUGCUCUUCCUGUCAUCCAACCCGUAGUUGGGGGCCUGGUUCUCAGCUCCCAGGGACAUUAUCUCCCUUAAACCACCCCAAGAAUUGUCUCCUGCCACCCCAAAAGUUCUGAGCUACCCAGAUCCAGGAAAGAUCCAAGAAAGAGGAGGGGGCAGGGUAUUUAGUUCUGCCUGGGUCAGUGCAGCACGGCCCUGGGAGGUCCUAUCUGCAAAGCUCGCUUUCUGAAAGCAUUUCUCGGUUCUCCUGCCUCAAACAUUUAGCCAGUACCAAAUGCACACAGGCAGUUAUCCAUAAACACACGUGAGAACCGAGUUGAUUUCACUUCCUUGUGGAACCAGAAGCAAGGGGAUGGGCUGCCAGUCCGCCCAGCGGAGGUGUGACUCGGCCUGGAGUCAGGGCUUCCUGGCGUCUGACCGCAGCCUCUGUGCACAGACAAGGCAAAGCAGUAGGGACCUAGGGUCACUGUGUCACCCUGCUGCCCUAGCCUUGAAACAGUCCCUUCCUGGCAAAUGCAGACUGGCUCCCAGCAGGGAAGGCCGAGAGUUCCAGGACAUUCAAAACUGCAGAGCAGAGCCAAGCAGGGCCCAUCAGACUUCCAGGCCUGCCAGGACCAGAAUCAGCACAGAUAGCCCUGGCCCUCCAGAGCCUCGGACAGAUGAGGCAUCCCCGAAGACCACAGGAAGGGGGGUGUCAUAGGAUGUCACAUUCAUGGCAUCUUCAGGGACCAUCUGUCACAAGCCAGGCCAGCCUCCUUUGUCCUGUGCCAACAGCUAUUCCUGACCUUCCUCAAGACGCUAUCCCAGUCAGAGCCUGUUUUUAAAGUUUUAAAGAGAGGAGAGAAGCACAGUGAAUGCUGCCAUGGUUGGAAGUGACUUGGCUUCUUCUGGUCCCUACUAUACACUCCAAAACUCAAUGCUUUGGACCAGAUAGGAGGCAGAAGUAACCCAGACUCUUAGAGGGACCAAAUGACCUCAUUUCGUGCACAUGCAUGUAAGUUUAUGGUUCGUGCGUGAGUGCCUGUGUGUAUCCUCACCCAGAGGUCAUUGUGAUAUCACCCAGGGAGCUUCUGGCCCAUUCCUGUAACUCUUGGCCAAUAAUGCUCUCUCCCCAGGGACUCCCAGCCUGUGAUUUUUCUGAGUUGGCUGCCUUGGGUCCCUCCGUGGAACACCUGUAUUUCAGAAAAUAAUCAGAACCUGUCGGAGUGGAACAGCUUAGACACCUCCCCCAGCUGGGCCAGGGCAGAAAGGGUUAGGGCUUGGGGAAAGCACAGAGCUUCGGGUGGGACAGGAUGAAGGAGAGGGCUGAAAAUAGAGGGAAAUUCAUGACUAGUAGGGAGGAAAGAUGUGAGUUACAGCCCUGGAGAGCUCACUUCCCUUUGCCGAGUCCUGCUCCCUGCUCACACCUGGCUUCACGCUAACAACACCCUCUGUCCCUCCAGCCUCAGCUGAAGCCUGACUUUCCAGAUGAGCUCCUGCCUCAGCAGCAGUCUGGAGGCUGGCCUGCAUGGGCAGGCUCUGGGGGCCCAGAUUCUCAGGCAUCAUGCACCUUUCUCCAGGGCGAGGUUGCUACAGUAGCUGACCUAGACCCUGCUAGCAGGAGCAGAGCCCUGCACAGGAAGUCACACUGCUCGGGGCCACAAACUAGAACAGUCCUGAGCUGGCUUUGAGCCCCAGUAGCUCAGGGCAGGGAGGAACUGAUGGACCUUACUGGUCAGGCAAAGUUAGAGUCCCCAGCUUGGGUUGUAUUUCUCCCCUGACCGGACAACCUUCAAAUGGUAGGAUUCAUCUGUAUCUCAGUCCCCAGAAAGCUGGAAGCAGCCUCCUGCCCCUUCCCAUGGUAGUGGCAAUGUCAGGGCCUGCAUUUCUUUCCAGAAAGAGGCUCUUGAGACUCCAGUUGUCUCAAAAUUAAGGGAGCAGUGGAGUGCUAGCUGAGCUCCCAGAUCCAAGCACUCUGAGAUACCCUCAUCCAUCAGCUUUCUAGGCCUUACUUUGGGGAUCCCGGGCCCCUCUCCCAAUGUAUCCAUUUGGCCCCAAGUCCAGAAUCAAACAAUCAAAUGGGUGGCGGAAGCACCUUUCCUACCUGCCUUUAGCCACUCCCACCUCCAGUUCGAAUGCAGGCCCUGUCUUGGCAACCUUUCCUGGAAACCAACCUGUCUGUCUUUUCGUCCGCAAAGAUGUUUUGCUCCCACAAAUAUGUAUCGGUCCUGGGUCUUUGAUCCCCCACUCAACCUGUCCAGAGCCUGCCAGAAUGUCUCUGUGACCCAGUAGGGGUUCCUGAUGUCAUUCAUCUGUCUGUCUCGGCAUCAGCUGUCCAUCUUCCUGCGGUACCUCUCCUCCCUGCUCACCCUCACCGGAUGGAGUGGCAGUUCUCUGGAGACAGGCAGGGUGGCUGCACUCAGCAACUAAUCCAAAUGGCAAAUAUUUUGUAACAAAAUAGCCCAGAGGUAUUUUAUCUGUUCAAUUCAUAGAGUUUUAGAGAUUCUAUUGAAAUGUGUCACUUG